GAUAAAAAAAGCCAGAUGUUGAUGAAUAAUUUAUUGGAGGUAAUGGAAGGUGUUGAAAAUGCAUUAAAAUAUUUUCCUGAUUGUCUUGAAAGAGACAUGGUAAUUGAGGUACUUGUGUUGCUUCUUGACUGUAUUGAUUACGAGCAGAAUGUAAAAUGUUUUGACUGGAAAUUAGCAAUGGCAAUUUUCUCUGGAAUAGCAAAAAUACCAAGACUAUCAAGUAGUGAUUUGUUGAUUAAAAUUAGUCAUUAUUUAAUGAAAAAUAUUGAGUGUUUAAAUGAACCAUGUGUGAACCAGAAUGAAGCUACAUCACUUGCUCAGCUUAUAUGUGUUUUGUUGGAAAAUAAAUGUCAAUGGGUGCUUCAAGAAGCCUUUGAGAUGUUUAAUAACAUUGUUGAACAUUCAACAAAUGAAAAAAUACAAAAAUUAAGUGAUAAUGAUUAUGAUGAGAAAGCUGAUGAAUUGUACAAAGAACAUUAA